UUGUGUUUUUCUUGCAGUUUUUUAUCGACUUUUUCAAUUAAAUUUCACCGAACCAUUUUUUUUUUAUGAUAAGAGAGAGGCGAUGCCAAACCAGAAGGAUAUUCAAACUCAUAUGUCGAUGACAAACUGACAACGCCAUGACAUAAAAAACAACGAAAAACAGCAAAGGAAAAAACACAACAUAAAAGACAAUUUAAACAAUGAGCUACACGAACCAUAGCAAAAUCUGGGGUUGAUCAUGGUCUGAAAGCGUAAGCAGGUAUGCCCCACAUGUGUCAGUUGUUGUGUUGCCAAAGUAAAUAUGUAUUCGGUGACAAAUAUUUAGAUCAUUUGAAAUUGUAUUGUUGUUAGUACUCUGUAAUGUUAUAUCGCAAUAUUCUAUAGAUUUCUUUUGAGUUUUUGAGGGAAAUUUUACUGCAUUUAUUUUGGAAUUGAUUUGUAUUAUAACUAUCAGAACACAAUAAAAACCUUGUGGAAGCAACCCCUCAUUAAAUCUCUGAAGGAUUGUUUGUCAUCAUACACAAUUGACCACACUACUGUGAGAAAUAAACCAUUUUGUUUAAUUAUUGUAACACAACAUCAUCGACACCCGUUGAUCAAAAAUUUGUAUAGUAACGGUUAUAUGUCUUCAUAUGACUCGGACUAUUCUUAGUAUAUCUAAGCACCAUUUUUUCUGCAUUCCUUGUAACACAUAACGGAUGCCAUUGUGUGUAUACGGCGCAGCAGUUUUUUUUUUACAAUUUAGUUUUAAAUACCCAUUUUUGUCACUUGAGUACUUUACGUUACUCUUUAAAAAUCAUUUCUAUUCCUUAUGCAUGUGUUUAGCUAUGGCUUUAUAAUGUAUGAUAUGUUGCUAUGCCUUUUAAAAAUCCAUCAUUUCAGAAACGCAUAAUUAUUCAUGCAUAACGUUUAUUAAAAUGUUGAUCCUUAACUUAGGGUAUUUUUAGGUUUGAUCUCAUGAUGCAUAUGUUUAUGGUAUGCUAAUCAUUUUCAUGAUAUAAGAUACAAUGUACUAUAGAAGCUAGUGAUUACUAAAGACAUGCCAGGUCCUAUGAUUUUCCGAACAAGAACUGCGAAUUGACUGUAGCAAAGACAUGGGAGCAAGGAAUUCGACAUUAUCCCCAGGCUCUAGUGCGAACAUAAGUAACUUUGUUAGAUUAUUCAUAGUCUCUCAGACUGAGCUUCCAAACAUACUUCGGGAAUUGCUUUUGUUACAAGAGCCACCCGCGUCUCUUGAUGGCGAUAUUCGUAAUAACACGUACCUGUCUUAUACACUGAGAGCCUUUGAAUUAAGUGUCAUAGCAACUGUCCGAACAAAACAAUAUGCUGAUUUUGAUGUUGCUCUUAUGUACAAGAUAAUAAGAAAUUUAAAUUUAGUUCCACCGCAAACACAAGGCUGGGAUAACCGAAUUCCACCAAAUUUGACAGAAACUACAAUUGGAGAUGAUGUAGAACGUAUCAGGCGUAGCCGGAAUGAUAUUGUUCAUAAUGUGAAUACAAAUAUCUCAGACUUAGAACUAGAGAAUAGGUUCUCAUUUUUUAUAGACAUUGCAAGUAGACUUGAAGUAUACCUGAAUAAACGGAACAGAGAAUAUGUGUCAAGAAUAGAAAACGUUAAAACUUGCUGCAUAGAUCCGGAAACAGAACAAAUGUACCUUCGACAAUUGGGAAUUCUGAUUGAAAGAGAAGCAAUAAUGCAAUUAAAUAUAUCCGCGGUCAGUCAUAGAGUUGAUGAGCUGCGUCAACAAAAUGAACUGGAUAUAUCUGGUUUGAAUACAAAAGUUGCUACUUUGCAAACUGAACAAGAAGAAACCAUUCCUAAGAAUAUAAGAGAUCAAAUUAACAAAGACACAGAAGAGUGGAAAAUUAAAGACAACAAAUUUGUACCUACAAGAGCAAGCGCUUAUGUUUCCAGUCACCUGAAUAAACAGAGCUGCGUGACACUGACAGGCAGUCCAGGGGAAGGAAAAACGUUUGUUGCUCGACAUAUCGCCCUUCAAUUCGAGUCAGAAGGAUAUAUGAUUAUUCCAAUCCAAACACCAAUAGAUAUAAGGGACUAUUAUACCCCUGGGAAACGAACUCUGUUUCUUAUAGAUGAUAUAUGUGGUAACUUCAUUGCAAACCAAACAACGCUUGAGAAUUGGCAACAAUUGUUGCCAAAAAUUGAACAAAUACUGGCAGACAAGUGUAUCAAAAUUAUUGCAACCUGUAGAUUGCAAGUCUAUAGGGAUGAUAAAUUCAAUUCAUUAGAGCCUUUUAAUAUAUUUGAAUGCAAUUUAAGCUCAGAAGAAAUGUGUCUUACUCAAUCAGAGAAAACAAAAUUGAAAGAAAAUUACUUUGGUAACAAAAACUUCAAUGACACUGCACAAUCACGUGAUUUUCUUCCUCUGGCAUGUUCUUUGCAAUGGCUUUCUGAAAAAGAAGGAUCAGAUGUUAACAACUUGUUUGGAAGUCCGAUCGAUUUCUAUAAAAAAGAAUUAGACAAUCUUAAUAGAUAUGGUGAUGAAGGUAGGCACAAAAUGUGUAGUCUUGUUUUAUACGUCCUUUUUAAUAAUUAUCUCGAGGAAACAUGGGCCGAAGGUAGAAUCACAGAUGAACAGCGUCAUGUUUUAGACGAUGUAUAUUUGGCUUGCAGACUGAAUACAGGUACACCAAAGACUCAACUCAUGGAUGCAUUAGAUACACUAGAAGGUUCACUAGUUUGUAAAAGAAACGCAGCAUACAGUGCCAUACAUGACCAAAUUUUUGAUUUCAUGGCUCAUUACUUCGGUGGAAGAAUGAUGCGCUGUUUGAUUGAUCAUUCUGAUUCUUAUUUCAUAAAUGAACGUUUUCAGUGGAAAACAAUGAAGAAUUUACAUACAACUGACAUUGCUUUCGCUAUAGAGCUAACUGAUGAAACUUUGCAGUUGUAUUUUGACAUAUUAGUGAAAGACUGGUCAAAGGGCAAGGUAACAGUCGUAAUUAACAACUCAAGCACACCAUCUAUACUUGUUCCUCAUUCCUAUCCAUGUUACAUUUUUCACUUCAAAAAAAUCAUGGAAGAGGAUCAACAUACCUGUAUUUAUACAUCAGACCGUACUGCACUGGUUACCGAAAUUUUGGAUAACCAAACCAGGAACUUUAUAUCUGAGAAACAGGCUAUGAGUGCUCUCAAUUUUAGAAUUCAUUCAUACAUUUUUGUAUUAUUCAAAAUUAUCAGUAAAUUGUGUUCUCUACAAGGUUCACCAUUACUUCACCUUUCAUCCAUCUGAUACCUUAUAAUUAAGGUGGUAUGGGAGUCUAAAAUAAAAAUGAUAGAAUUUGUUCAUACUUUGUCAAAACGUAGUAUAUAUUAAUAUAUGUUCAAAAAUAUAAUAAAAAUGAUAGGUCACCACGCAUUUUCUCAAGCUACAGGUUGUGACAAAAUGACACAUUUUGUAUGGAUAAUACAGAAAAAAAACAUCAUUAUGUGAUUAGAAGCUAAACUAAAUGUUAGAAUUGUAAAAUAAAAUACGAAACGAUAGCUUUUAGAAAAUGCUUUGAGAAUAUAAAAAAAAAAGAUAGGGUCACCGUAUGAUUUUUCCGGCUAAAAUACAAAAUAGUAUAUUCCAUGUAGUCCUUCAGAAAAUGCAGUUUUCAGAGUUACCUCCCCUUAAAAUGCGAAUUUCAAAACAUUAAAAAUCAACUAAAAAUAAUCUUUACUUGUAUAAAAAAUUGAUAUUUAUAAGUUAUGUGAAAAUUCACUAUAUUUAUCUGAAUUCCUUCAUCAAGUUUUGCUAACUUGAUUGAAAAUCUGGACCUUAGGUCCUCUGUUUUUACCAUCCAAGAUGCUACAUAGUUUAACCUUUAUGCGUAGGAACUAUUUUGUUUUUAAUACAUGUACUACUUUUCA